AUGACCGGACUCAUCAGCUUUGACAUGGUUCUUAGGAUGAGAGCUGGGAGAUUCUGGGUUGGAUUCAAAGUGGACAACCUGCAAUCCGAAAGAAACCAGAAAGAAGAAAAGUGGUUUGAUGUAAUCCAAGGGUUUUCAUUGAAGGAGUGGAGUCUUGACAACACUGCUUGUUUUUUCUGGGAUGGCUUGGUCUUGGGUGAUGCAGCCCAUUUCUUGGUAGACAAUUUCAAACGAAUUGGCGGACUUGGUGCUGGGACUUCAUCAAGAGGUGAUUCUUCCUUUGAGGUGACAUUCAUAUCUGAAUUGGUAGCUGUCAAAGUGCGAGUCAUAUAUCCCGUUGUUGUGAUUGAGGGAGUGCCCAACUGGGCAGGGCACAAAUCAGCCAUAUUGUUGCUGUGUGAUUUAGGAAAGUCCGUGAAUCAAUACAGAGAAGAAAGAAUUAGAUAA